AUGAAGAUUUCCUUCGGAGUAUUAACAGAAUCACCUGUGACCAACCUCCGUUCCAAGGUGUCCUACUCUACCACUGUCACUCUGGGAGAGCUCUUUGUUACCUUGAAGAAGGACAUGGACUCUGAGGUGGAUGAGGUUGCUCGGGGCCUUCUCCAGAUGGUGUUCAACUCCCCAGAAUUUGUUCAGAAAGCAGCCAGUCAGACCCUGGGGAUCAUGGUGGAGAAUGGGAUGGAAAACCAGAAGGCUGAAGGCCCAUCUGUCAAGGAGCCGGUGAAGGAGAGGAACGAUGGCUCAAAGGAGCCCCAGGCCACAUUGUCUGCUAGCAAACGAUUUUUUGAUUACUUUGUCCUGAGAAUAUCUGACAGCCACAAGAAAGUGAAGCAGAGGGUGCUGGAUGUGCUGGCUGAAAUCACAGGAGCCCUGAAAGAUGCCUUGAACCCGGUGAUCAUUGGUUUGGUGGAAGGAAUAACAAAGAACCUGAACUCAAAGGAUCCCAGGGUUCGUGGGGCAGCUGUGAGAGCACUGGAAGAAUCCAUUGCUCAUUUGGUGCUUGUGCAGGGGGUUCAUGCCAGGAGCCCUGAAGUCGUCCAGCACAACGCCCUGCCCGUGCUCUGGUCCUGCCUGGAGAACAAGGCGCUGCCUGUGCGGAGCGCCAACAUCCGCACCGUGGCCGCCAAGCUUGCCUCUGCCCUCUGCAAGGUGAUGGGCACCCAGCUGAAGAAAUGUGCUGCCAGCAAGCCUCCACAUGUGCGGGAAAACCUCUCCAAAUUGUUGGGCUGUCAUGGCAUGGGGGGCCUGAAGCAGCUCCAGAUGGAGGACAAGGUGAAGGCAAUCAUGGCUCAGCCUCACACAGAGGGCCAUGCCAUGCCCCCGGCCCGCCCCCGGCCCCGGGCGGAGUUGCCCCGUGCCCGGCCCCGGCCGUCCCGCCGCGGUCUCGCCUCCGCCCGGCUCUGGCCGUACUGGCGGUGGCGCUGCUGGGCAGGCAUCAGUGCUUGGGGCCGGGGCGGCAUCGCCGCCCUUCGGCUCCGCCUGGCCCGACCCCGGACCCGGACCCGACACAGGGUCCAGUCCCGCGCCCGGCCCCGGCUCCUCCCGGGGCCCGCGGAGGACACACGCGGCGCGGCCGCUCCCGCCGCUUCCGCUGCGGCUUCCCCGGCCCGAGCUCCGCCGCUCGGCAGCGCGGCCGCCGGCCCCGAGCCUCCCGUGCCGCGUUCCGAGGAGCGAACGCCUGGGCAUGGCCGGCCCGGCGCGGGUGAGGGGCGCUUGGGGGCCGUUGCUGGCCCCAGGCCGAGCGCUGACAGCCGCGUCCCGCCCGCAGGGAAGGAGCAGGAGGCCCUGCAGGAGCGGUACCGGCAGGGCUCGCUGCUGGGGCGCGGCGGCUUCGGCAGCGUCUUCGCGGCCACGCGGCUCUCGGACGGCGCCCCGGUGGCCAUCAAAAGGGUGCCACGGAACCGCGUCCGGCACUGGGGCGAGCUGCCCGACGGCACCAGCGCACCCCUGGAGAUCGUGCUGCUGGCCAAGGUGUCCACUGGCUUCCCCGGUGUGGUCCAGCUGCUGGAGUGGCUCGAGCUCCCCAACUUCAUCGUGAUGGUGCUGGAGCAGCCAGAGCAGUGUCAGGAUCUGCAGCGUUUCAUUCGGGCACGGCGGUUCCUGCCCGAGGAGGUGGCGCAGGAGCUGUUCCGCCACGUGCUGGAGGCCGUGUGGCACUGCACCAGCUGUGGGGUCCUGCAGGACAUCAAACCAGAGAACAUCCUGGUUGACCUGGACACCGGCCAGGCCAAACUAAUUGACUUUGGCUGUGGCACCUACCUGCAAGACACAGUCUACACUCGCUUUGCAGGAACACUGUCCUACAGCCCCCUGGAAUGGAACGACUUUGGCUGGUACCAUGACGAGGCAGCAACGGUCUGGUCCCUGGGCAUCCUGCUGCACCAGAUGGUCUGCGGGGAGCACCCUUUCAGGAGGGGCCAGAACCUCAGCUGGGGCCAGCUCCCGCUGCCACAAAGGCUCUCUCAAGAGUGCAAAGAUCUGAUCAGGUGGUGUUUAUCCGUGAACUCCUUGGACAGACCCACACUGGAAGACCUGUUCUGUAAUCCUUGGGUGCAGGAUAUUCCUCUGCCAUAG